CACUGUCGAGAGGUUUCCUGGUGUUAGCUAAACAGCAUCACGACCUUUGAAGUGGCUAACCCCGGUCGAAUGAAUGAAGUCCGGACACAGGUUUUAGCAUGUCAAAAUUGUCUAUGAGUGCCCUGUGCCGCAUUUUAACUAGGGGGGUGUACUGCAGCCCGUCGUCGUGUUUAUCCGUAACGGGACCUCGGAAUUUUUGCAGCGAAGUCUCGACCGCGGACCGAGCCGCUAGCCCUGUAAAUUUGACCUACGAUGUGUUUGAUGGCAAAGGAGACAGCACGCCAUUGGUAUUUCUACAUGGCUUACUUGGGAGCAAAUCUAACUUUCACUCCAUAGCCAAGUCUCUGGUUCAGCGGACUGGCAGGAAGGUACUGACAGUAGAUGCUCGCAAUCAUGGCAAAAGUCCACACAGUCCUGUCUUCACCUACAAAGCAAUGACUGACGAUCUGACGCAUCUGCUUGGACAGCUGCACAUUGGGAAGUGUGUCCUGAUUGGACACAGCAUGGGUGGCAAGGUUGCAAUGGCAACAGCUUUGUCACAGCCUAGUUUAGUUGACCGUUUGGUGGUUGUGGACAUUAGUCCCUCUCUGACUUCAGUCCAGACCAGUUUCUGUGCCUACAUUCAGGCAAUGAAAGAGGUGAAGAUACCCAGUAAUAUUCCACGUUCCACAGCACGAAGACUGGCUGAAGACCAGCUCAGGAAGAUAGUUAAGAAGCGUUCAGUGCGUCAGUUCCUCCUCGCUAACCUUGAGGAGCAAAAUGGUCACUAUGGCUGGAUGGUUAACCUGGAAGCCAUCUCUAACCACCUAGAGGACAUCAUGGGUUUUCCUGUGUUUAAUACCACCUAUGAGGGUCCAACUCUUUUCUUAGGUGGUAGUAGUUCAGCCUAUAUAAGGUGAUAGAGACCGGGGGAUCUGGACAGAGGCAUUCAUCUGGGAGGAGAAAUCAGGUUUGGGAGGAAGGGGCUUAUUUGAGCGCCACAGAACACCGAACCCUCUAGACUUCUUCUGAGCCUGUUCUUCCUGCUGCUGUCUGAGGAUCUGGUGAUGAAGAAUGAACUGUACGUCAUCCUGUAAGAGAUAAGACAGAGUUCACUGACUGCACCACUGCCCGAGGAAAAUCAACACGACCAAAUCACAUCCAUGAGUGUGUUCAAGGGUUUACUGGAAAACCAGACAGGGUCCAGAUGACAACUAAAUGUUUAGAUCAAACUGUCCUGCAAGAGAUGUUCUCCCUAAAGGUUACCCUUCCACCUUAAUUAGAUUAAAUAAUAUUAAUCACAUAGAUUAUUUAAUUUUAUUAAUAUUGAAACAACUUUUUUACUCAGUCAAGACUCCAAAAAUUCAUAUUUAUUUUCUUUUUUCUUUAGACAAAUAUUCA